GUUGAGAUUGUCUCCGAGCCUAACCUGAACGUAACCAAGCGGUGCUGACGAUCAAGUUUUGAUUUUCGCCUAUUCACGCCGUGUACGCGUAUAAACAAUUUUUUCCGCUGAAAAAUACUACAGUAUUCGUAGUUACAAUUGAAUGAAGAAUGAGUUCUGUAGGAACAGGGUAUGACUUGUCCGCCUCUCAGUUUUCACCGGACGGACGUGUGUUUCAAGUGGAAUACGCACAGAAAGCUGUUGAGAAUGGAGGGACAGUGAUAGGUUUACGUGGAAAGGAUGGUGUAGUAUUUGCUGUCGAGAAGAUUAUUACUUCUAAGCUAUUCGAGCCUGGUGCAAACAAAAGAAUAUUCAACAUCGACCAGCAUGUUGGUAUGGCAGCCUCCGGUUUAAUCUCUGAUGCUGGACAGAUUGCAGAGACCGCCAGAUCAGAAGCAUCUAGCUAUAAAGCUCAGUAUGGAGUUGGUAUCCCCUUAAAAUACCUAAAUGAAAGAGUGUCCAUGUACAUGCACGCGUACACUCUGUACUCAGCAGUCAGGCCUUACGGCUGUUCAGUUAUUCUUGGUGCCUAUGAAAAUGACCAGCCACAAAUGUACAUGAUCGAUCCAUCUGGUGUAUCUUAUGGAUACUAUGGUUGUGCCAUUGGAAAGGCAAAACAGUCCGCAAAGACUGAAAUCGAGAAGCUGAAACUCGCCGACAUGAACUGCAACGAUUUGGUGAAAGAAGCGGCGCGCAUUAUUUAUCUCGUUCACGAUGAAUUGAAAGACAAACAGUUCGAACUCGAAAUGAGCUGGGUAGGUAAACAUACGAACGGAAGGCACGAGCGCGUGCCGCAAGAUAUAAAAGCGGAAACGGAGGCUAAAGCGAAACAGGCGAUGGCGGAAGACUCAGACAGCGACACGGAAGACAUGUAAAUCGACAAUAGUUUUCAAUACACAUUUUGUAAUUUGUAAGUUAUAUAUAAUUUAAUUAUGUGAAAAAAACCCAUC